UAUACGUCAUAUAUUUUAAUUAUAUGUAUAAUUUUAUGUCAUAUAUUUUAAUUAAAACCAAAUUAUCUUAGGGAUCGAUAGGCACGGAGACGUCUGAUGAUGUUGGGCGAAAUCCCUAUUUUUAUUUCCUAAACGGCCAAAUAAAAUGUAAAUCGUAAUAAUUAUUCGGCUCGAUAGAAGACAAAGUUUUACGUAGAUCAAGCUAGUAAUUUAUUUAAAAUUACAACCAAAUAAUAUUUGUGGAGCUUCAGCAAGCAGAAAAACGACGUCGUGGUUGGACGUCUGGAGGAGCACACUUGCCAUAUCAACAGAAACAGAAUUCACACUCAGCCUCGAAUAGUCGCAUAAGGGCGGAUUCUGUGUUGGAUUGGCGUAAUACACGUCGAUUAAUACAUGUUAAUAUCUCCUUAAUGCGUAUUAUUCUCGCAUAGCCAACACUUGAGAAACAUCAGCGAGAGCUGUUAUUUUCCACUCGCAUAAACAUGGAUCAAAAUAAAUACGAGGUGUUUGCAAAAGGUCGUAAGGACACAGAUAGAUAGCAACCGAGGAAAUCCUUUCCUUUAAACUACUGUUUAGAUUUGAAGUGUUGGCAGUACUCGAUCAUACCAGGCCGAUGCUUGACAAUUCCGAAUACAGUGUCAUAUUUAACAAGAUGCCUCCGUCCGAAAUCAAUAGAGUUAUGCUUCGCGAACGCAUUUGGCAUUACUAUCAGCAAGCCAAGAGCGCUGAAGGCGCUACAAAUCUGAUUUGUCGGGAGUAUAGAAUGAAUGUACUGCCCCUUGUGUCUGUAAAAUGUGGUUUCAAAAGUUUGAGUCGGGUGUUUAUCAUGAACACCGCACACCGAGUGGAACUAGAAGCGAAGUGGAAGUGUUAUACAACGAGGACCCGUCCCAAACGCAACAGGAGAUCGCAGACUCGCUUGGAGUUUCUAAAAGAAUGGUAUGGAGCUAUUUGAAAGCACUAAGAGAGAACGGGCAGAUAGAAAGACAAGUUAAAAGUGUCACAACUAGAACCCAAGUGGAAGAAUUGUACGACGCGGACCCGUUCCAAACGCAACGGGAGAUCGCAGACACGCUUGGAUGUUCUGAAACAACAGUAUGGAGACAUUUGGAAGUAAUAAAAAAGAACCGGGAGAAAAAACCACAAGUUAUAAAUUGUAGAAGCGAAGUGGGAGCAUUGUACGACGCGGGACCGUCCGGAACACAACAGAUCGUAAACAAGCAUGGGAUGUCUGGCUCAACAGUAUCAACGGUAUCAACAGUAUCGUAUCAUGUGAAAGCGAUAGAAGAGGAGACAGGAAGACAAGUUAGCGGAACUACAAGCCAAUUGGAAGCAUUGCCGGACACGACUCCGCACCAAACACCACCGGUGCUUACAGAGAACUUUGGCAUUUCCGAAGCAACAGCAUGGUAUCAUGUGAAAGCAAUAGAAGAAAACCGGGAGAAAGAAACACAAGUGAUGAAGAGGAGUAUAUAGAUGUAUGUACGACCUCGGAUACAGACAAUAAUGAAGACAAUAAUGCUCUCGGUGCGGCGCGUACGUGACAAAGUGCUCACUUCAUAAGUACAGUGAGCGACUGCUUCCUUUUUACUCGGAGACUUGCGGCACUUGUCAGCAACGUUUGAAUAAAGCAACAAACUGUAGCUUAAUAUAAUUUUUGUAACAUUCGGAAAAGUUAGAAGAAUGUACAUGUCUCUCCCAUUUAUUAUAAAGUUUGAUUAGCUUAUAAAGUUUGAUUUGUUUUGAGGUUGAAGUUUGAUAACGGUUUAAUUAAUGACAUAUAUUUUCUGACACUCUUAACUGUCGAUUUUUCAUGUAGUUCUUUGUAAAUGAACGUUUAAUCAUUAACGUGCUUUUAACAACAAAAGUAUUAUGGGAACGAUAGCUUUAAUCACUUGUUUGAGAUGUAUAGUAACAAUAGGAUAUUGUGGAACUUAUUCUAAGUAUGCAUCUCGCGACUAUACCUAUUUUAUUACUCUUUCUCGAUACGAUCGUGAUCCGUUGACUGUAGAAAUUGCGAUAAAGAUACUCGUCACCAGCCUUUCAGUCAAGCUCGUGAAGCAUCAUGGAAUGUAUAUCGACUUAUAUUAUAUCGUAGUUAUUAUCGUAGUCAAACGUGGUCAUGCAGUGACAACUGCAUUCCUUGCAGAGGAAUCCUUUCAUCCGAGGAUAAAGAUUAUGACGAAAUAGAUUUCCGCCAGUUAAACUUGAUUUAGAGCAAUACGUUUUAUUAGUUUCAUUAAUUGCGGAACGUUGUUUACUCAAACGAUUAAAUUCGAGGCGAUAUUAUUUAUGUUAUGACGUAUAUCAGUAUGGUCAAAGUAUUGACAGUUAUUAAAUUAGUUAAAUGUACUUUGGCUAAGUCAAUUAAAUUUCCAGUUUUUCUUCUAUUCUUACUGAUAUGGAAAGCAAAUUCUUGCAAUGAAAGCGCAAAGUAAUGAUUAUUAUCUAUCGCUGAGACUUUCGUGAAAUCCAUCUUAGGUGCAUUUAAAAAUCAUAAACUUGUAAAAAACGUAACGCGUACUUGUAUUCGCUGUAGUAUAUGAGAUAUUUCGAAUAGAUAAUAGAAAAAAAAUAGUUAAUAAAAUCUGGUUUGUAGACUGAUUUAUAUAAUAAUUUAAUUAGAACAAGUAAUCUAACAACAUCUAAUAGCUAAUAUUGAAUAUUAUUAGCUAUUAGAUGUGAUUACGUUAUGACGUAUAUCUACUGAUAUAUAUAAUUUAAUAACUGUAGUAAUAGUUUAUCACGGAAGCUUUGGAAGGUUUGGGAAUAACUCAAUUAGAGUAAAUAGAACUCACACAAGUCAAACAUGUUUUAUUAUUAUUUGUUCUACGAGUGCUGUUUGGUGUAUGCGAAUUAUUUUAUUACAAUUUCAUGGAAACAUAAUAGCGCAGAUACAUGUGUAAGGCAUAUUAAGUCUUCAUAGGCUCUAAACACGAGUUUUCUGAUGUGCGAAUUCUCGUACAAGAAAUAUCCAAAUUAAAAAUUUUUUAUUGUAACAUAGAUAUUUAUCUAGUUAUCUAGUUAUUUUAAUUUUUAUCUAAAAUAUAUAGAGAAAUAUGUUUUGAAAAAUGUGUUUUCUUUUAAAAAUUAAUAAAAUAAAAAAUAAGUAGAAUGAGUUUUUAAAUGAUUUGUUGCUGGUAAAAUCAAUCAGUUGUUUUGAGGCUUUGCAAUUCGGUUUAUAUAGUGUGAAUUUUUCUAUAUUGAAGAUAGAUACUACUAUAAAUUUAAUAAACCUGUACUGGAUGUUAUAUUGCAUUAAUUAAACAAAAUAAAAAU